GGAAGCCUCCUCGGGUGCUCCGCCCUCCCCGCAGGCGGCGUGCGGCUGCACAGCCUGAGAACCCCGGUGGUGAGCGGGGAUGGCGGUCGUGGCGGCUGCCGGCUGGCUACUCAGGCUCAGGGCGGCAGGGGCUGAGGGGCGCUGGCGUCGGCUCCGUGGCGCGGGGCUGGCGCCGGGCUUUCUGCACCCCGCCGCGACUGUCGAGGAUGCGGCCCAGAGGCGGCAGGUGGCUCAUUUUACUUUCCAGCCAGAUCCGGAGCCCCGGGAGUACGGGCAAACUCAGAAAAUGAAUCUUUUCCAGUCGGUAACAAGUGCCUUGGAUAACUCAUUGGCCAAAGAUCCUACUGCAGUAAUAUUUGGUGAAGAUGUUGCCUUUGGUGGAGUCUUUAGAUGCACUGUUGGCUUGCGAGACAAAUAUGGAAAAGAUAGAGUUUUUAAUACCCCAUUGUGUGAACAAGGAAUCGUUGGAUUUGGAAUUGGAAUUGCGGUCACUGGAGCUACUGCCAUUGCGGAAAUUCAGUUUGCAGAUUAUAUUUUUCCUGCAUUUGAUCAGAUUGUUAACGAAGCUGCCAAGUAUCGCUAUCGCUCUGGGGAUCUUUUUAACUGUGGAAGCCUCACUAUCCGGUCCCCUUGGGGCUGUGUUGGCCAUGGGGCUCUCUAUCAUUCUCAGAGUCCUGAAGCAUUUUUUGCCCAUUGCCCAGGAAUCAAGGUGGUUAUACCCAGAAGCCCUUUCCAGGCCAAAGGACUUCUUUUGUCAUGCAUAGAGGAUAAAAAUCCUUGUAUAUUUUUUGAACCUAAAAUACUUUACAGGGCAGCAGUGGAAGAGGUUCCUAUAGAACCAUACAACAUCCCACUGUCCCAGGCUGAAGUCAUACAGGAAGGGAGUGAUGUUACUCUAGUUGCCUGGGGCACUCAGGUUCAUGUGAUCCGAGAGGUAGCUUCCAUGGCAAAAGAAAAGCUUGGAGUGUCUUGUGAAGUCAUUGAUCUGAGGACUAUAAUACCUUGGGAUGUGGACACAAUUUGUAAGGGCUCUAUCCUACUGGGAAAGAUGAAAGAGGAGACAAGCGAUGCCUACUGAAUGAGAAAGUGAUGCAUCAGACCUCUGACUUAUUAGCGUCAUUAUUUUGUCUUGUUUUGGGAUGCUGUCAUCCGGUUGUGACAGUGAAAGCCAGCUUCUUGAUUGCUGUGUGUCUAUUUGAGACUCUCUUCAUUGCUGAUGAUGGUACCUCUCCUGUUUUCUUUUGAUGUAUCAAAAGAGGUAAAAUUUUGAUACUUAGCUUUUUCCUCCUAGGAUUUAGAGAUGAUUUUAAAGAAGAAGGCCCUAUAACCAAGUAUUCAUAUGGAAAAUGAGGGGUUUUUUCCCCCCAGAGGGAAGCUUUUUUAAUUCAUCUUGAUGAAUUCUAUAGUAACCAAAAUUUAUAUUAUAAUCUCUUUUAAUUAGCUGUGUUUUAUCAGUUGUUUUUGUCUUAUGACUCAUUAGAUCCCUGAGUUUUAUUCAUUAUGUGUCAACUAAACCCCAAUAUGUAUCUUUUGGAAUGCCUCAUCGAGAAAAGAAAGCAUAUUAAAGGCAAAAAUGAUUUGUUGAACACACAUUAUCAUACUCUAUACACUAAAAUGCCUCUGGGACACUUGAGGAUUCAUACUUCUUGCUUAAUCCUUGAUACAUGGUUUGGAAGUUAUAAACCAAAAUAAAUAGUUGCUCGGGGAUAGAGAAAGGAGCAGAGUCUUUGAAUGUUGCUCAAGGGAAUUAAGAAAUUAGAGACUUAAUGGUCCUAGAAACCACAGCUGGUUUUUCCACUCAAUUCUGAACUUGAUAUUAAAAAGCUAAGCUGGAGACUUCUGAAAAGCACAGUAGAAAAUUCUUGAGUUUUGAAGUGCUUAAGAGACAGACGUGGUGGCUCACACCUGUAAUCCCAGCACUUUGGGAGGCUGAGGCGGGUGAAUCACGAGGUCAGGAUUUCGAGACCACGGUGAAACCCCGUCUCUACUAAAAAUACAAAAAAAAAAUUAGCUGGGCAUGGUGGCGGGCGCCUGUAGUCCCAGCUACUCGGGAGGCUGAGGCAGGAGAAUGGCGUGAACCCGGGAGGCGGAGCUUGCAGUGAGCUGAGAUCGUGCCACUGCACUCCAGCCUGGGUGACAGAGCGAGACUCUGUCUCAAAAAAAAAAAAAAGGAGACCUACCCUGUGCCAUAGGUGUGUGUGUGUGUGUGUGUGUGUGUGUGUGUAAGUAAGUGGAUUGGCUUAAGAGAAUCAGCUGUGUGAGUUCAAAGCCCUGAAAUGAGUGGCACGUUGACACCGAUGACCUAUAGCUGCUUUUUAGUUGGCUACACUUGCUAUUUGGUCUCAACCAGGUGUGUAGAAUCCAGGUGUAUAGAACUCAUAUUUUGUGGGGCUGUAGUGACAAAAUUGAAAUUUUGAGGGGAUUUAAACACAUACUUGACCUUUUAUUUGCCAAAUUCUAAAGGUGUGAAUGGUGAAAGGUAAGUAGAAAAUAUCUGGAAAGUGAGGCUAUCACUUGAUAAUGAAGUAACAAAGACCAAUCAUACUCUCAAUUGAAAGCCAUGGAGAGUUAGGUCUUACAAUUAGAGGCAAACCAGAUGUAGACCAGGUCAUCUCAAACCCAUGACACAGCCUCUACCCCUUUGAGUUUUUUAUUGAAUUAUGUACUUUUACUCUAUUUGCCCAGCAGAGCAAGGAGUCAAUCCUCUCAUUAUCUGGAACUUCUAUAAACCAGCAUUCAAUAAAAAACUAAGUAGAUGAAGAGACAGGAGUAUUUGAUAAUAACAAAGGGGAAAGAAACAAUAAAAAGCAGAAGCACAGCUGAUCCACAUAUUGGAGUUAGCAGACAAGGACAUCUUGAUUGUUAUGCUUAGGAACAUAGAGAAAAUAAGAAACAAAAGAGGUAAGAGAGUGGAGAAUUACCCUGGAAAGUUGGGUGUGUGUGUGUGUGUGUGUGUGUGUACAUGUAUGUAUAUGGAUCAAGUAAACUUUGUGGAGCCAUGAAAAAAAUAUGUAUCUGACAAUAAGAACUCGGUGAAUAGGCUUGUAACAUAUUGGACUCAGUAGAUGAUAGCAAUAAUGAACUGGAAGGCUAGUUAAUAGAAAAUGUCCAAAUUGAAGCACAAGUCAGAAAAGAGGAUAAAACACAUUUGGGAUCUGGCCAAAAGAUCUGUCUUAUAUACAAUUUGAAUUCCAGAAAAAGAUGAGAGAGAAAAUCACUAACAAUAUCUAAAAAAAAAAUUCUCAUGAAGAUUUCAGAACAUCAUUACACAAGCUUUGUUAACUUUUAAGAUUAUAUUCAAAGAAAACCACACGUGUAUGCACAGUGGUAUAACAUCUUAAAUUGCUGACUGUGCUAGCCUACAAUUCUAUACUCAGUGAAAAUAUCUUUUUAAAAUUAAGAUGAAAUAAAAAUAGUUUAGGCAAACAGAAAUUGAGAGAAUUUAUCGCUGGCAGGCACUCACUAAAAGAAGGUACUGCAAGGGAGCUCCCUUUGGCAGAAGGAAAAUGAUUCUGAAAGAAAAUAUGGAGGAGAGCAUACACUAUAGCUUAGUAUUGAUUAUCCGAAACAGUAGAGAUAAUUUUCUGUGAAAGUUUAAGUUUAGUGAAGUUUAAGUUAAAUAUAUGGAAUUGAAAUGUAAGACAAUAAAAACACAAAAGCUAGGGGGUCUUACGUGGAGUUAAAAUAUUCUGUUGUUCUGGGAUUAUUAUGAAGUGUAAUGUUCUGAUUAGGUUAUAAUCAAGGAUACAAGUUAUAAUCUCCAGUGUAACAACUGAAAUAACAGGGAAAGAAUGCGUAUCUAGCAAGUUAAUAAGAGAACUAUAAAUUAAUAAAAAUAUUUGGUUAAUCCAAAAUAAAGAAAUAAGUAUGAAAAAUGGAUGGGUCAAUAGAUAAUAGAUGAUAAGAUGAUAUAAACUCACAUAUAGAAGUAAUUAAAUUAAAUACACAAAGAUUAAAUAAACGUAGUAAAAGUUUAAGAUCCUCAGACUUCACGAGAAACAACUACCACCACCACAUGUAGCUUAAAAAAGGCAUACUUUAAAUAUAAGGACAUCAAAACGUUGGAAAUGAAAGGAUGGAAAAAAAAAGCUGGUGUAGAUAUACUAAUUUCAAAUAAAGCAUUAAUGCAAAAAGUACUACUAGAAGUGAAGAGGAGCAUUUCAUAAUGCCAAAGGGACCAGUCCAGUCCACCAUAAAGAUACCAUAAUCCUAAGUCUAUUUCAUCCUUAAUAACAUAGUUUGAAAAUAAAUAAAGCCAUAAACUAAACAAAGAAAACACAGAACUCAGAAGAGGUAUGAACAUAUUCACAGUUACAGUAGGAUACUUUAAGACAUCCCUCUUAAAUCUUGCUUAAUCAAGCAGACAAAAUAUUGUUAAGUGUAUAGAAGAUCUGAACAAAGCAAUUUGUAAAGUUGUCCUAAUUGUGCACCAAACUAUCAAUAGAAUAUGUAGCAUUUGUCAAAAUUGGCCAAAUGCUGGGGCAUAAAUAUAACCUUAAAAAAUUCCAAAAGCUUGGAGUCAUUGAGAUUAUGUUCUCUACCAAUAGUGGAAUUCAGUUAGAAAUAAGUGAAAGAAAAGGACAACUAGAAAAGCCUCAGCUUCCUCCAAAUUAAGUAACUUACUCUAAAUAACCGUGGAUUACAGAAGAAACUCAAAAAUUAGAAAAGACACUGAACUGAAUGUUAAUGGAGAUGCAAUAUAUCAAAAGUUUCAAGAACCAGCUUAAGCCAUACUCAGAGGAAACUUUAUAGCUGUAAAUAUAUAAAUUUAGGAAAUAGGAAUAAGAAUUAAAAAAAUUAAUGAUCUGAAUUUCCAUCUCCAGAAAGAAAAUCAAACCUAGAGAAAGUAGAAGAAAUGAAGUAAUCAAGAGCAGAAAUUACUGAAGUUGAAUCUGUAGAGUAAUUUAAUAAAGUAAAAUUUAGAUCUUUGAAGAGAUCAAUGUAAUUGAUAAACUUUUAACUAAUGGAAAAAAUAGGGUAGAAACAAAUGACAAAUAUUUGUUUGUAUGAUGAAGAGCCCACAGACAAUGGUAAGACAAACAAGAUGUUAUGAAUAAUUUUACAAAUAAGUUUUGAGUAAAGUUGACAAUUUCCUGGAAAAAUAUAAGUCAUUCAACGUUGAUACAAGAGGAAUUAGAAAAUCUGAAUAGUCAUGACCUAUUAAAAAAUUAAAUUUAAUGUUGUUAACUCUCAUACAGAGAAAACCCCAGGCCUAAAUGGCUUUACUGGUGAAUUCGCUAAAAUAUAGACCUUAUGCAAACCCUUACGGGGAGUGGAAUCAAAGAGAAAACUUUCAAAUUCUUUUUAUAAGGCCAGCAUAAUCUUAGUAUCAAAGCUAUUUAGGACAGUAUAAGAAAGGAAAAUUAUAGACAGCUUUUAAAAUAAAUGUAGAUCACAUAAUAUUCAUAAAUAUUCACAAAGCAGUUGAUACAAUUCCUCAUAUUAACAGAAAACAGGAAAAAAAAACCUGACUACCUUGAUAAUGCAAGAGAAGUAUUUAUUAAAAUUCAAUAUUUAUUCAUGAUUAAAAUUUCAUAGCAACCUAGAAAUGGAAGGUAAUUAUCUUACUCUGGUGAAGAGUAGUUGCAAAAUGCCUGCAGCAAAAAUUAUAAUUCCUAGUGAAAUUUUGACAGCUUUCCUCUUGAUAUUAGAACUAUCUAGGGAAAAAUUUAGUGAUACAUAUGUCAGAACUUUACACAGAAAAUCAUAAAAUAUUAUUCAGGAAAAUUAAAGGCCCAUAAACUGAAGCAUAUAGCAUGUUAGUGGAUUGUAAGGCCCAGAAGAGCCAGAGCAAUCUUGAAGAGAACAAAACUGGAAGACUUAAUUAUCAAAUGUUGAGAUGUGUUAUUAGUGCUGUAGUUUUUAUAACAUUAUAUAGGUAUAAAAAUACACAAAUAGACCAAUGGAAUAAAAUAAGAGUCUAGAAACAGACAUGCUGGUUAUUUGAUUCAGGACAAAGGUGACUUUGCAAUUUUGAGAGGACAAGGUAGUUUUCUCAAUAGAGGAUGUUGAUUCAUUUGGGUACUAUGAAAAAUAAUUAUAUUAACUCUUACCACACAAGCAUCAAUUACAGCUGAGUUGCAGAUCUAAUUGUGAAAGGAAAAAAUAAUGCUCUUGGGAGAAAGCAUAGGUGAAUAUGUUCAUGUGAUCUUGUGCACUAAUAAAACACUAACAUUAAAAAAGGGCUGAUAACAUUGUGCUUCAUUACAUUUAAGAAAAUUUAUUCAUCAAAAGGGCGCCAAUAAGAGAGUAAAUAGAUAACCUACAGAUUUGGAGAAACUCAAGGAAACUGAUAUCUGGAAAUAUAAAGUACUUAUACAAUCAAAAAGAAAAGACCAAUAUCCAAUAGAAAUAUGGGUAAAAGUCUUGAAGAGGUACAGGUACAGUCUUGUACAGUCUUGAAAAGUAUUGGCAAGAAUGUGGAGCAAUUCAACUCUCAUAGACUAUUGUUGGUAAUAUAAAUUUGUACAACCAUUUUGGAAAAUUGUUUGGCAGUAUCUACCUGAACCCUAUAACCUAGCAAUUCCAAUCCUGUAUGUGUAUGUAUGAAGAAAUAUACAAAAAAAAAAAAAUACGAAAGUGUUCAUAGGAACAUUACUUCUAGUAGCCCCACACUGUAAACUGCUGAAGUACUCAUCAACUAGAGAAUGGAUCAAUAAUAAGUAAAUAUAAUAUUGUUGAGCGAUGAGAAUAAAUGAACUAAAAAUGUAAUGGAAUAUUGUGUAUUCAUCUCAUAAACACAAAGAAGUCAGACUCAAGUAAGUACAUACUGAAUGAUUUCUUUUAUAUAAAGGUAAAAAAUAGACAAAACUAAUUGAUGGUGUUAGAAGUCAGGCUAGUGAUUAUCAUGAGAGUGGUUAAUAAUUGGAAGAGGGUGUAAGGGCUAUGAGUUACUGAUAACAGUUUCUUGUUGUGAGUGCUGAUUAUUCAGGUUAAAUUUUUGAAAAUUGAGCAGAACACUCAUUUGGUGCACCUUUUUUGUAUGUAUGUUAAACUUGAAUGAAAUUUUUAAAAAAGAAAUAAAAAGAAGUACUAUCUUGUGUUUAAUUCGUUUCCUUUACUUCACAUUGUAGUGAGCCCUUUUAUGGACUCAGGGAGAGCCUUGGUGUCCUUAGCUAGGAAGAGUUUCCUUUUAUCAUGUAGCUCUGUCCACACCCUUCGUUCAGUUUCUCCCUGCAACUCAGCUCAGCUGUCAUGCUGAUGUGAAACAGGAGCUCAUAAGUAGGGCUGUUCUCUCCCAAGCCUUCCCAGGAGUAAGAACAGUGGUUAAGGUUAUGGGCUUUAAUGGACUUUCCUGCUGACAUGCAGACCACAUUCAAAAUGAGUUAAAAAGUGAGCUGCACUGUUAACAAAGCAGUGGCCAGGCCGAAUAGCUUUUGAGGUGCUGUCAAGCUUGAAAGGAAGAUUUUUCUUAAAUAAGGAGAAAUUCAGAGAAGCUGCCUUCAAUGCCUUCAAAAAUAAGAACUUGAUUUUGGCACAAAAGGCUUUGAAAGAAACUCAGAUUCUCAAGCAUCAUUGUCAUUCAACCUAGAAUCAACUACAUAACAACACUGCAAAAAAAGAACUGAAGCACAUUCAUUUAUAAGGUCUAGGUGAUUUUCACAUAUCUAUAGAGAAGAAAAAACUGACACUUAUAAUUCUGACAUGUUUAAACUCUACCUGAAGAUUAAAUUAUGCUAAUUAUUAAAAUGUAUAAGAAUUUGCCUUUAUACCAUACAGUCUUUUUAAUUUAUCUUUUUCUGGUGUGUCCUGCCUCCCAGAUUAAAUUCCGAAGCAUAUCCUGCUGGCUUUGCCUACAUAAUAUGUCCCAAAUCUGACCACUGCUUGAUCCUGCUCCGGACUACUAGCAUUUCUCUCCUGGGUUUUGGCCAUAGCCACCUAACAACUGUCUUGUGCUUCUGACCUUUCCUUGCCAUAGGCAGAGUUGAUACUUUUAAUCUGAGUCAUAUCAUAUUCCUUCUAGUCUCAAAAGGCCUCAGUGAUUUCCCAUUGAGAGAGAAGUCAAAUUCCUUACCAUGGCCUACAAGAAUUUACCUGAUUUCAUCGCUUUCCACCUCCCACCACCCAUCCACCGUUUAGAAAAUGUUCUUUCUCCAGAACGCCCCUUCAUUCACUCUGUUAUUCUGUCGGGAGAACCUGCCCCCAAUAUUUCAACAUAGAUUCUUUCUAUUUUCCAUAAGUGUCGGCCGGCUGAGAAAUAAAGAGAAAGAGUACAAAGAAA